AUGAGAUGGGGGAACACUGGGGGUGACCCCAGCAAGCCCCUGACCCAAGCCCACCUAGUGAACAGCCAGACUCGGUUGUGUUUUCCAGGCUGUUUGUCCCUGUGGGGCCCCAGCAGAGUGACAGGCGUCGUGGGGGGAUCCCUGAGCGUGGAGUGUCGGUACACGGAGCAAUACAAAGACAAUAGCAAAUACUGGUGCAAAGCCCCAUGUCUGUUACCGUGGAAGACUGUGGAGACCAAAGAGCCAGAGAGAGAAGUGGUGCGGGGCCACGUGUCCAUCAGGGACCAUCCUGCAAACCUCACCUUCACAGUGACCUUGGAGAGCCUCAGAGAGGACCAAGCAGGAAAGUACGAGUGUGGGAUCACGGUCCCAUUUUCACGUGAUCCCACCGUCCAGGUUGUGGUGUCUGUGUUCCCAGCAUCAGUGCCAACCCACCCUACUGCUGUGGCCAAGACCUCGACAAUCACAAUCAGUAUUUCAACAAUGUCAUUCACCGCCCUGGCCAUGGCGAGUCCCACCUACAGCGCCAGCAACGAGGAGGAAGCCAUGCAGGGGUGGGGGCUGCAAGUGCUGCCGGCCUUGUUGGCACUUCUGCUGCUUCUGUUGGGGGGCAUCUCACUGCUGGCCUGGAGAAUGGUUCAGAGACGGAUCAAAUCUUUUGAGAAUCCAGAGCCUCCCCAGAACCCCAGUCAGGCUGCUGAGCUGAGCGAACCCUGCUAUGAGAAUCUAGAGCUGCCGAUGUGGCCCCUUCUGGAACAGCCCGUGCGACCCACACAGGAGGAGGUGGAGUACAGCAACUUGGGGCUCCCCAGUGAAAACCUUCACUACACCUCAGUGGUAUUUGAUUCCCGAAGCCAGGAUUCUAAGACGGACGGAAUUCCCUCCCAGAAGCCCCAGACGCAGGAGCCAGUGUACAGCGUGGUUAAGAAGACAUAAGCUUGUGUUUCCAGCCUUGCCAACUGGAGGGCUGUGUGGGUCACAGGAGGCCCAGGGCUCAGCCCCCACCCACGUCUGCCUCCACCUGCUCCCCUUGAUGGUGACCGACAAGGCAGCUGGGCUCCCCAGGACUGUCCCUCUUGUGCCAUCAGCCAGGCUGGCUUCAUUGAGGAUGACCAGGAAUGGGGCACUGGAUGGACCUGUGGGAAACCUUCCAUCCUACUGGUUCUCAAUGCAUCCUUCCUGUCUUAGCUCUGUGUGUGGACAGC